AUGAAUGGAAAAGGCUUUUAAUGGUUGAAAAGUGGAGGGACAGACGACGAUACUUGGCGGGGAAUUAUGUUUCCGACUUUAAUGUCCUUUGCCGAAAGCAACGAAGAAGUCAGUGGCCAAAAUUGCAACAGAGAAGCCCGCGUGCUUCACCCAUGCAAUAACCGGCGAUUAAAACAAAGUGUAUCGUGAGCGGGUGAGAGGGAGGGACUAACGCUACGGUGAUGAUUGGGCAAAUAUGAUAUUUCGGACCUGGACGACGAAGAUAAUGCUUUUUGUGAAGCAACAGGUUACUGCUGCAUAGCGGAGUAAACAAAAAAAGCGGCGUCCUAUUUGCCAUAUUGGAGAAUUGACCUUUUAUUAGGCGGUGUUUAUUACUGAAUGAGACAUAUUCUGCACCAGUCAGCCAAUCGUGUGACAGGUUAGUUAGUCACGAAAGGUUGGAUUAUUAUUUCAAUGGAUUGUUUUUUAACAGGAUGUUUGCUCUCAAACUGAUCUACGAAUAACGUCGAGCGUUCCAAUAUAGAACAAUAUUAUGUGGUUUACGGGAGCGAUCAUAAAUAUGAUGCCACCUAGGCGAAACGGAGAGUGAUAAAAUGGCACAUUCAAGUUAGAUUCAAACUUCAAGACAAGACCAUCGGAAUCUACCACCAUUCAUUGAGAAUAGACACGAAGAUGACCAACCAUUGAUAUUGGGGGAUUUUCAGCAUAAGAACCAAGAAUAGGACCUAAAUGGUUCCAAGCAAGUGGACCAUGAAUUCAGUUCUACAGCACAAGUCACCUCAAAGGAGUUGGCUUGGUCUCCGACUACGACUCAAUGAGAAGCCUGUUCAGGAGGAAGACUGGGUGGUGUGCCAGCAUCCUGAGUGCCCUGACCGUCGACAGGCCUCGAAGGUGUGCCACCACCCAGAGUGCCUGGACCUGAACAACAAGAGCCCUCUUCACCUUUGUGAGUCAUGUGACUCCCGCUGCCACCCGGAAGACACAGAAAACAUGCACUUUGACCGACACCCGCGCUUUGACCUGCAACCCCAAGGUUCCAUCCUGGCCCGGAACGUUUCGACGCGCUCCUGUCCCCCCCGCACCAGCCCCCCCUCUGACCUGGAGGAGGAGGACGAAGGGGCCAACGACCGAGGGGAACGUAAACCUGGGGGGUUGAAGUUGGUGAAGAAGAAACCACGGCGACGGCACACUGACGACCCCAGCAAGGAGUGCUUCAGCCUCAAGUUUGAUCUGAACGUGGACAUUGACACAGAGAUCGUCCCCGCCGUGAAAAAGAAGACCCUAAGGGAGGUGCUGGGUCCUGUGUUUGAGCGUAAAGGUAUUGAGUUAUCCCGGGUAGAUCUGUUCCUGGACCAGUCCAACACUCCCCUGUCCCUGAACUUUGAGGCUUACCGCUUCGGUGGCCACUAUCUCAAGGUCAAAGCGCGGCCAGGUGAUGAGCUGAAGGUGGAGCAGGGGGUGAAAGACCUGCGGUCGCUCAGUCUGCCCAACAUGAAGCCCUCCUUGGGGGAGCAGAGUCCCUACAUCCUUACCCUCGGUAGCGAGAGGGUGGAGCACGGAUCCCUUGGACGCAAGGAGAGCAACGUCGAUCUGCUGGUCAGUGCAGCCUCUACAGGUCAGGCACGUCGCAGGAAGAACAUAACAGAGUUCCUUGGGGACGCCAGCAUCCCGUCUCCGGACUCCCUGACCGCACUGAGCGGCUCUCUGCCCAGUGUGGGGGCUGGACCGGACAGCUGGAAGAACCGCGCCGCCAGCCGCUUCUCUGGCUUCUUUAGCUCCAACACUGGAGCAGGGGCCUUUGGCAAGGAGGUGGAUCGCAUGGAGCAGCUCCAGAAUAAGCUGCAGUCGUACACUCUGUUUGGCCUUCCCAAGGUUCCUCCUCAGCUCUCCUUCCAUCACGACUCCUGGGAGGAGGAAGAGGAGGAGACCAGCUUCACCCUGGAGGACAGCUGGACACAGCUACUCGACAACCAUGAGACGUUGACCAGACGCCAGUUCCACCAGCAGGAGGCUAUCUGGGAGCUCCUGCACACUGAGGCCACCUACAUCAAGAAACUACGAGUCAUCACUGACUUGUUCCUGUGCGGGCUGUUGAACCUGCAGGAGAGUGGUCUGCUGACAGAGGUGGAGCCUGCGCGACUCUUCAGUAACAUCCAGGACAUUGUGCGUCUGCAUACGGCCCUGUGGAACCAGGUGAUGCUGCCUGCCCUGGAGAUUGCCCGGCAGGCCAGGACCCUCCUCAACCCUACAGACCUCCACCACGGCUUCAGGACAAUUGGCUCCAGGUUUAAGCCCUACAUCCGUUACUGUAUGGAGGAGGAGGCCAGUAUGGAAUACAUGAGGUCACUCCUCAGGGACAACGAGCUCUUCAGGAUCUACGUCACGUGGGCUGAGACUCAUAAGCAGUGUAACCGGCUGAAGCUGGCUGACAUGCUGGCCAAGCCUCACCAGAGACUCACCAAGUACCCCCUACUGCUGAAGGCUGUCCUCAAGAAGACUGACGACUCGCCGUCCCGCGACGCCGUCAGCGGAAUGGUGGCGUGUGUGGAGGGCUUCAUCAACAGCGUGGACUCUCGGAUGCGCCAGCGGGAGGAGCAGCAGAAGCUAGCCACCAUCUCUGGACGCAUCGACUCCUACGAAGCAGUGGAGGGGAGCAGCGAGGAGUUGGAGAAGAUCCUGCGUGAGUUCAACCGCUUCGACCUGAUGGCUCCUAUGAGAGGCACAUCACCAGAGGAGACCAGACAGCUCCAUUUGGAGGCGGCACUGCGCAUGAAGGAGGGCAAAGACAGCAGGAUGGAGGUGUACUGCUUCCUGUUCACAGACCUGCUGCUCAUCACCAAACCAGUGAAGAGGUUAGAGAAGGUCAAGGUGAUCAGACAGCCCCUCCUCAUCCACAAUGUUGUCUGCAAAGAACUCAAGGACCCUGGCUCCUUCAUUCUCAUCUACCUCAAUGAGUUCAAGAGCGCCGUGGCAGCCUACACUUUCCAGGCCAACAGCGCCGCCCAGGGGCGAAGCUGGGUUGACGCCAUCUGCAACGUCCAGAACCAGCUCCAGAGAAUGCGGACUGAGGAGGUUCUCAGGCAGCAGGUCACCCUACAGCGCCGUCUAUGCGGAGAGGAAGAGGAGGAGGAAAACAAGAGCAGCUCCCCCUGCAUGAGGAACAAAGAUCAGCAGGGACCAAGUCAUUCGGAUUGCUCCACAGAGACCCUGUCAGUCAUGGACAUAGGAGAGGAUUCAGGGGAGCACCAAAACCCCUCUGCCACAAGCACAGACUCAGGAGGACCCUUAGAAAAGAGCCUAGACUCGGGCACAGUUACCCCACCUACUGGGCCUGAGCCCCUGCACUGCAACCCUGCCAGCCCCCAGGACAACCUUGCUGACCGGGACCCUGAGCCAGAGCAGGAGGGUGUUAUGGAGGGAGGGGAGGUUGAGCUGGAGCCUCAGUGUCGCUCUCUGUCCAUGGACAGUGCCUACGGUACCCUCUCCCCAGAGUCCCUACUGAGAGAGCUGGACCUACAGACACGACCAGGCCAGAGCAAGGGAGAGGAGACUGAAGAGGAGGGAGAGAUAGAGGGCCACGAGGUGGAGGUGGAGGUGGAAAUGGAGAACGAAAAGGUGGUAAUGAAACUGGUGGAGAAGGAAGAGGAGGAGGAUUCAACCUCUGUUGGUUCCCAGCUGUCAGUGGUUCAGUCUUUGAAGCCUCGGCGACGCCCCCCGGUUACGGCCCGCCUCCGCUGCCUCCAGAGCCUGAACAUCAAGUCCCUUUCAGAGGACAACCUUCUGCAGCGUUUCCGCGACAAUGCACCUGUCUCCCGGAUACAAACCCGCAGCCUUACAGCCCAGGACCAACCAGAACACAGGAGCGAGAGGGCGGAAUGCCUGGUCCACAGUAAGAGUCUAUCAGCCCACGACCUUACUGGGCUGUUUCAGACUGACCAAGACUCAGAGCCUGAGUAUGAGGACUUCCUGAGUAUGAGCAUGCCUUCUGGUAAUCUCUGUGACACCCUGAGGAAGGCAGAGGCCCGGCAGGUCCAGAGGGCUCUGGCUGCAGCUGAGGCCUGUGAAGGCAGCAAUAGCCAGGCUGACAGCAGCAGCUCAGAUGGGGAGAUGGUGGUGGCGCCCUCUGGAGGACAGGGGGGGAAGUGCAGUGAGUCGUUCACAGCCGGUUGCCCAGAGAAGCAGUCGUCGCCCAAAAGAAGGAAGACCCAUCAGCACAAGAAGCUGACCCUAGCCCAGCUCUAUAGGAUACGCACCACCCUAGUGCUCAACUCUACUCUCACUGCAUCGGAGGUGUAACCACUCUGGCAGACAACCAACCAACUAGUGGCAACCUGACCACGAAGAGGAACCACACUCUAUGGAGUCUGCGUAGAGGGGACUGAAUUCCUUGUGACACAAAUGCACUCUCUCAAGCUGCCUUCUCACUUUCCAUUGCCUGUUGGACAGUGUCUGCUGCACGGUUUUGCAAUCAGACAAUAAGAAUAUUCUUUGAUGUUGCAUUUGGUUUCAGUUUAUUGUGUGGGAUGGGAGGGAAAAGGCAAAGAGACAUUUAACUGCUUGCACUUUGUAACGGACGAACAGAGCGUCGAGGGGAGCUGAGGCUGGGACCUUUGGGUGGACAGUGGACUGGACAGUUACUGGUGUAGGGUAACACCCUAUCGGGCCUACCCUCUAAAACGAGACUGAAAGAGGGGUUGUCCCGGCAUAGAUCUGCCUGCUUCUCUCUGCAAUGGACUGGAGUGGACCAGAGAAGAUCUAGGAAAGGCUUGGGUGGCCCAAACACUCUUAACUCUUAAAGAUGCACUCCGGGAUCCAAGUUCAUAACAUAUUUUGCUCAAAUUGCAACAUUCGAAUGAUAUCAUAUAAAUUGCAAAAUGUGUAAUAUAUCACGAGAUGGAUGACACAGUACACAAUUGGAUGACGUAGUACUCAAAAAAAUGGGGACCGCUUUUGGCUCAUGAGCACCACUUUCGAAACUACUGGCUGAAAUGAUGCAAAAGUUGGAGAAUGCACCUUUAAGUAAUUAAAAGAAAAGAAAAGGGGCACAAUGUCAGAAAAAAAUUGCUCUCUAAAAUGUGUUUGGUGAAUUGCAGCAACUAGGAUGGCCUGGUAUAUGUUCUACUCCUGGUUUGCUUUGAUGCAAACAAUAAAUGUUGCACAAUUGUAUCUUUGUUAAAUAGACUAAUCACUAAGGGGAUGACUUUACAUUCACAAUGGACACUUAGAAUUAGUUGUGUGAGUGUGUGUCUGUCUGGGUGUGUAUUGUGGGUGUGUCUGUAUGUGAAUGAUACAUUGUCCUAAACUCCUGAUUGAAUCAAAAUGAUUCCCGUCAUGGUGUGCAUCCUCUGAGUAACAUACCCAACGAUGUUAAGACCUGAGAACCAAGUAGAUGUCAAACUAAAGGUAUACAUGAAAAAACAGUGUUCAAGUAACAACCACAUAUUGUGUUAUCAACUGCUGUGUAUUUUCAAACGCACAGAGCCAACAAUUUAUUUUCAAAAUUGCCGCAUCUAAGAUUAGAAUAGACAGAGUAAAUUCUGGGCUUUAUAUUUUCUACUGUGCUGAAGCAAUUUUUGUCAAUCAAUAGUGGUGGUAUGAUUUAACUACAAAGACUAAGAUAAUGAAAUGGUUUUCCGUUCUUUAGUGUUUAGAAGCAGAAAGAUGAACCCUUGGUUAUUAGGUGGAAUGGAGUUGUUUCGGGGAACAUGACUACACUAAUGUAGAAAGAUUUGAGCAUGCACUCACAACCUGCAACCUACAUGGAACAAAUGCAAGUUAGAAUGUCGUGAUUUGUAAAAGAGUAGUCUACACACACAAAAAACAAUAUUCCAUGUAACAAUGAGCUUGGAACACCUUUUGAGACAUUGCAUAUUUUGUGUUUCUUUAAUGUAACGCAUUAACACAAUACAGUAACUUAAAGAGACUGAGCAACGGUUUGGGGUUGCAUAUUGUUUGUGAAUCGGUUUUCUUUGAAUGUGUUUCUGUCCACACUAAUAGAAGUGAUUUGGCGGGAGCACUGAACACCAUAGUUCAUUAACGUGGUCAAACUGACAUUCAGCUUGUUUUUUAUUGAUGGUUUAAUAUGCGUUCUCUAAACCCCUCCUUGUCAAAUAUUGCCCAAACCAAAUAGUUUAACAUUUGUUUACUUUACCAGUUUUUGUUUAUUUGUAAUAUUUAUUAAGCUUGCCAUGUUUUAUAUAUAAAAUAUUGUUUGAUUUCAUGACUUGUACAUUUUGUGUUGGUGUAGACUUAAUAUUUCGUUUCUUGUUUUUCAUAUCAGGCAUGAUGAAUCUGCUAUGAACCAAAACUAUUUGAUCUCCCUUUCAGGAAUGUCUCUUAAGUGUCUUACCAAAUAAAAAAAGCAUCAUCAAACA